GCCUCCGCGCGGGCUAGGAAAAGCUGCCUCACGGGCGUGCCUGCCACCCCCUCGGCCGCCUCCUGCCUGCGAUCCCCGCCCCGGCCUCCCUUCCAGACUCCGCUCAGUGCAGUCUGAGACUCCGUGCAGCGCCGCUGCCAUGUCCCAGCCGGGCCAGAAGCCCCCCGCUUCCCCACGGCCCCGGCGCUCCGCAGCGGCCCGCCGCACCCAGGAGCAUGCCAAUGAAAAAACCAAUGGAUCAUCAUAUAAACAAGGAGAAAAGAAAGGACCAGAUGAGAAGAAAGCAGCAAGUUUUGGGAGCACUCAGCCUGCCAGAACCCAUGCUGCUGGAGCAGCCGUGGCCACUAAGGCAUCAGUUUCCUCUGCUUCAGCCAACAAGUCUUCCAGUAUGAAUUCUACAGAACCAAAGGCCAUUCCAGUCAGCAAGCAGAUGGAAGAACAGCCUUCUCCUAACAAGAAAAGACACAAAAGACAGAAAGAACCUGAGAAAAAGUCACAGUCAUCUGAGCCAGCUGUGACUCAGGAGAAAAAAGAAGCAAAAACAAAGGAACACACAGAGCCAAAGAGUCUAUCCAAGCGUACUUCAGAUACAAGAAAGAAGCAUGCAGAGAAGGAAAAAGCAGCUUCCAAAUCAAGUGAACAGUCAGCACCAGAGAAAGCAGCAAAGCCAAAGUCAGGCAUGGAUGAUGCUGCAUUGGAUGACUUAAUAGAUACUUUAGGAGAACCGGAAGAAACCGAAGACAGUAACACGACAUACACUGGACCCGUAGUUUCGGACCCAAUGUUUUCUAAAUAUGUAGAGGAACUGGGUAAAAGAGAAGUCACAAUACCUCCGAAAUACAGAGAACUUUUGAACAAAAAUGAAGGAACCAUAGCACCUCCUCCAGACUCAUCGAAGCCUAUGGGACCUGACGAUGCUAUAGAUGCCUUGUCGUCUGACUUCACAUGCAGUUCCAACACUGGCGAAAAGAAAACUGACAAAGAGAAAUCUACAGGAGAGGUUUUAAAAGCUCAGUCGGCCAAGGUCAGCAAAAGCGCUGCUCCACCCCAGGAGAAAAAAAGGAAAGUGGAAGAGGAUUCAAUGAGUGAUCAAGCACUGGAGGCUCUAUCAGCUUCUCUGGGCCACAGGAAGUCAGAACCUGAACUGGAUAUCAGCUCCAUUAAGGAAGUAGAUGAGGCAAAAGCCAAAGAAGAGAAAUUAAAGAAGUGUGGUGAAGAUGAUGAAACAGUCCCAUCAGAGUACAGAUUAAAGGCAGUCACGGAUAAAGAUGGGAAGCCACUAUUGCCAACACAGGAGGAAAAAUCCAAGCCCUUGAGUGAAUCAGAACUCAUUGAUGAACUUUCAGAAGAUUUUGACCGAUCUAAAUGUAAAGAAAAACAAUCUAAGCCAACGGAAAAAACAGAAAAACCUCAAGCCUCUGCUUCAACACCCGUGGAAGAGGCUGUGCCUCGGACCUCCAUGUGUACUAUACAGUCAGCACCACCCAAGCCUGCUGUCCCGAAAGAAACAGUGUCUGAUGAUGCUGUGGAAGCCUUGGCUGGGAGCCUGGGGAAAAAAGAAGCAGACCCAGAAGAUGCAAAACCCGUGGAGGAUAAAGUCAAGGAUAAAGCCAAAGAAGAAGAUCGUGAAAAACUUGGUGAAAAAGAAGAAACAAUUCCUCCUGAGUAUAGAUUAGAAGAAGUCAAGGAUAAAGAUGGAAAACCACUUUUGCCCCAAAAGGCCAAAGAACCACUGCCAGCCAUGACUGAAGACUUCCUUCUUGAUGCUUUAUCUGAGGACUUUGCUGGACCCACUAACACUUCAUCUCUUAAAUUUGAAGAUGCUAAACUUUCGGCAGUCAUCUCUGAAGUCGUUUCGCAAACACCAGCCCCAGCCACCCAUGCUGCAGGUCCACCUCCUGACACUUCGAGUGAUGACAAAGCCCGAGAUGAUGCCUUGGAUCAACUGUCUGACAGUCUAGGGCAAAGGCAACCUGAUCCAGAUGACGACAAACCACUAGAAGAUAAGGUCAAGGAAAGAGCAAAAGCUGAACAUAGAGACAAGCUGGGAGAAAGAGAUGACACAAUCCCGCCUGAAUACAGACAUCUCUUAGACAAUGAUAAUGAAGGCAAACCAAAGAAGCCACCUACCAAGAAACCCCAGGCAUCAAAGAAAACUUCAGAUGAUCAAGACCCCAUUGAUACUCUCUCAGGAGAUUUUGACAGCUGUCCUUCAACUACAGAAACCUCAGAGAACAGAGCAAAGGACAAAGAUAAGAAGGCGGCUUCGAACGCCAAAGCACCCAAGAGUGGGGGGAAAGCAAAGAGUUCUGCGAAGGCAAAGGAAGAAACUUCUAAGCCAAAAGCUAGUGAAAAAAAUUCAAGUUAAAAUUCACAGUAUUUGGUAUCUACAUAUAAAAUCUUCAUCUGGUGGAUGGUGACUUUUGAAGAACAAAAAGCUCUAACAACAGACUAUUUCUCUGGGCGGCUUCUAGACAAUGCUAUCUGUUGAAACUUCUGACAUCCUAAACAUGGGUCUGUUAUUCUUCUCCAGGAAAGAAAUUGGAUUUGUCUGGUUCACCUGUGUUAUACUGAGUAUUGAUAAACUUUGAAUUUAUAAAAAUUUGCCUUCAGGUAGGAGAAAGAGGAACUUUAUAUUUUUAACAGAUAUAUUUGCGAAAAUUUCUUACAGCAAUACCAAAAAAAAAUUGCGAACAUUUUGCACAUUCUACACACAGUGCCUGUAAAUCUCAUGAGUGUUUUUGGUUUGCACUUUUUGGAUUAGCAUUUGGAAACUGAUGCUUUAGCUUUCAGUGUUCUGAUUUCUCAUUACCCCAGUCCACCCUCUUGGGCUUUUGAACUGUAUUUAGAUGUUUCUUUGGGUUGAUGUUUGUAAGUCAAACAAAGCAUUGUACAUUGGACACAUAUCUCCUCUUGGGCUGCUAAUAAUAAUGUAAUAAGACUACCUGGGCACACCAGGAAGCACCUUUUUCCAGUUUCCAUUCUUUGCCACAAGGUAGGGUUUCUACACUGUAUAUAGCCAGCAUAGAAUGUACUGAGAUUUGAAUCAACAGACAAAUUGCUAUCGUAUUUUGAUGCAUAGAAAAAUCUAUGCAUCACAGGUUCCAAGAAAAAAUAAAAUCUGAUUCUUAGAAUUUCCACACUGCUUGAAUAUAGUUAUAUGGCUUUAGUUCUAAUGUGUUACCCUAUUAUUGUUUCAUUUGCUCUCUAUAAAAUCAGAGAAGCUUUUUUUUCUUUUCUUACAGCUCCUGCCAUGUUGGUCACUACACUGUAUUAUAUCUAGCUGGCUUUAUGAAAGUUAACUUUACCCAAUGUAAAAACCACUUAGGCUUAAAAUAUAUACACAUAUGUGAAGUUUGAAAUCUGUUGUGCCUCCACAGCAAUUUAAAGACUAGACUUUGAUAUCCUGCAACUUCAAAUGGCUUAUCCAGUAUUUCUGAUUAGUUACUUAUGAACAUAGAACUGAUAUUGUUGAUAGGGUUUUGAUGAAUAUUCAGUUUUGGGCUGAGGAGACAGCAUAGUGGUGAUGCAAAGGACUCUCAUGCCUGAGGCUUCAAUGUCCCAGAUUCAGUCUCUAGUACCACCACCACCAACUCUAGUAAAAAAAAAAAAAAAAGAAAAGAAAGGAAAAGAAAGAAGAAUAAAAUAAUACAUAUACACCAAAGUUUAUUUUUAAUUCUUGGUAGUGAAAUCAGGAAAAGAUAUCAAGUACACCC